AUGGGCCUCUACCAGCGCAGUUUGCUUACUCUCCUGUCCACGCAGGGUGUACCUAGGCACGUCGGAGAAAGGGGUGUGGGCAGGAAGGGAACAGGUGUGCAGCAGGACACACUCUCUCUCAGCAGGUGGAUCACUCCCGGAGACCGUAGUUUGCGCAGAUUCCAGCCCAAUGAGCUGGAUGCGAGGAGCAGGGGGCCGAGCGAGACACGCCAGGCGCUGGAGCCCUCCCAGCCGCGGGUCACUUGGACUCCCCCAGCCCUGCGUACCUGGGUGGACCCAGGGGAGGCCCGCACCUGGGAAGGCGCCGUGAGCCCUGCGAGUUUCUCGCCGAGAGCUAUACUCGUGCAGUUGAUCCCGCGUCUCUCCUCUCCUAAAUUCCCGACGUGCGGGGGGUGGGGCCGCGGCAGGGACAAGGAGCGGAAGCGGGAAGGGGAGGAGCGAGCACCCUCCCCGCCUUGGUACGCGCGGCGCCCCCUCCCCGCCUGGUACCUGGAGCGGACGCGCAGGGCCGAGUGCCCAGACGGCGGGGAUGGCGUGGCGGGCUUGUGGGCUCUUCGCGCGGCGGCGCUGCCACCCGGCCGCUGGGGGCCUGGGGCCGCUCGUCUGGCUCUUUCUCGGCACCUUUUGCAUAGGUACGGGCUGGGGGAAGGGGCCCUGUUGCCUCCGAGCGUCCCAGGAACACAAUGGAAGGCGUGGAUCGAGUUCUGUGCCGCCCGGGAGGCGGGCGAGCUUGGCCUGGGGGCGCGGGGAGAGCUAAGAGGCCAGGCCCUCUGGCGGUGUCUCCGGGAGACUCCGCCUCCCUGCAGCACCAUCCAGGUGACCGUGUCAGACCCUUUCCACGUGGUGAUCCUGUUCCAGCCCGUGACCCUGCCUUGCACCUACCAGGUGACCGCCACCCCCACCGUGCCCAUUGUCAUCUGGAAGUACAAGUCUUUCUGCCGGGAUCGCAUUGCUGAUGCCUUCUCCCCAGCCAGUGUGGACAACCAGCUCAACACCCAGGUAGCAACUGUGAACUCUGGCUACAACCCCUACGUGUCCUGUGAUGACAGUGUACGCACUGUCAGGGUCGUGGCUACUAAACAGGGCGAUGCUGUGACCCUUGGCGACUACUACCAGGGCAGGAGGAUCACGAUCACUGGAAAUGCUGACCUGACGUUUGACCAGACGGCGUGGGGUGACAGCGGUGUGUAUUACUGCUCGGUGGUCUCGGCCCAGGACCUCAAAGGGAACAAUGAGGCCUACGCAGAGCUCAUCGUCCUGGGCAGGACCUCAGGGGUGACUGAGCUCUUACCUGAUUUUCAGGCGGGGCCCAUGGAAGACUGGCUGUUUGUGGUUGUUGUCUGCCUGGCUGCUGCCCUCUUCUUCCUCCUCCUGGCCAUCUGCUGGUGUCAGUGCUGCCCCCAUACCUGCUGCUGUUAUGUCAGGUGCCCCUGCUGCCCAGAAAAGUGCUGCUGCCCGGAAGCCCUGUAUGCUGCUGGCAAAGCAGCCACCUCUGGGGUCCCAAGCAUCUACGCCCCCAGCAACUAUGCCUACCUCUCCGCUGCCAAGACUCCACCACCAGCAGCCAUGCUUCCCAUGGGCCCUGUUUACAAUGGCUACCCUGGAGAUUUUGACAGGAAUAGCUCAGUUGGCGGCCACAGCUCCCAAGUGCCCUUACUUCGUGACACUGACAGCAACGUGGCUUCAGAGGUCCGAAGUGGCUACCGGAUACAGGCCAAUCAGCAGGAUGACUCCAUGAGGGUCCUGUACUACAUGGAGAAAGAACUGGCCAACUUCGACCCUAUGCGACGCGGUCCUCCCAGUGGACGAGUGGAACGGGCCAUGAGUGAAGUCACCUCCCUCCAUGAGGAUGAAGCUCGAUCCCAGCCUUACAGGGGUCCUUCUGUUAGCCCAAUCCAGGAGAAGGAAUGGGGUCGACGUUCCCCCCAGAGUCCCAGGAGGUGGGAGCAGGAGCCCCCAGCGCAGCAGCCAAGGAGGGGGUGGGGGGCUGGGCGACCUCGGGCCCACUCUGUGGAUGCGCUGGAUGAUCUCACCCGGCCCGGCUCCCCGGAAUCCGAAAGGUCUCCCCCCAGUAGUGGGAGGAGAGGCCGGGCCUACGCACCCCCGAGAAGCCGCAGCCGCGAUGACCUCUACUAUCAAGAUGACUCAAGGGACUCCCCAUACUCCUGGGACCCCCGCUAUGAUGAGCUCAGAUCAGGGAGCCGCCCCCAAGCUGACUCCAGGCCGCGCCACCGCUCUAGGAACCCUCAAGAGGAUGGCUCAAGGUCUGGGAACCCCCAUUAUGAUAGGGUGUUGCUAGAGGAAGCCUUGAGAAAAAAAGGGUCUGGGGAGAGGAGGCGACCCUAUAGGGAGGAAGAGGAAAGCUACUACCGCCCGGAGCCUCCCCCUUACUCGGAGACUGACUCCCAGGCCUCACGAGAGCGAAGGCUAAAAAAGAACUUGGCCCUGAGUCGGGAGAGUUUAGUUGUCUGA